CACAUGUGGGUCCGUCCGUACAGGAUGCAGUAAAGGCUUUGCUUCUCCUUGGAUUGUCAUACCGUUAAUAUGAAAUGUAUCCGUUGUCCUCAUCGUGCGUUCAGGAAAGGGGACACGUAGUGAAUCCCUUUAUAUGGGAGAAUAGAAUUGUUUUGUACCAUGAAGAAAUGUCACCAAUGUGAAUACGGUGCUUUACCUGUCCUUCAGGAGUCACAUUAUAUGCGAUAUCAGAACACCCGCUUUGAACGGCAUGUUUUGGGGAAUACCGUAUCUGAUUUUGAGAAGGCUUAGAUCUCGCCUUGAGCCACGCGAGCCGAGAUACGAGCCGGUGCAUUAUGAGCAGAGGCCCAUCCGAGAAAAUAACAGGAGGCAGUCUUUAAGACGACGGAGACAACGGAUAUUCCCGGUGCGCGUGAACUUGUCUGAAAUUAACGAGCAUGAUAUUAAAUCACGCUACCACCUCAGUUCAGAUGCCAUCAUGUCUCUGUAUGAGCUGAUAAAGGACGAUUUAAUAUCCACAACAAAAAGAAGCAAUGCGGUUCCAGGAAUCGUGAAACUGUUGUGUGCCCUGCAUUAUUUUGCUAGCGGCUCGUUGCAAAGCACGGUGGCAGAAGUUGGAGGGAUAACCCAAAGCACUUUCAGCCGUGCCCUUUCCGAAGUCAUAUCCGCCAUUCUCAAACUCGCUGAUAAAUUCAUUAACUAUCCCAACGAUGACGCGUCUUUGGAACGUAUCAAAGAUGGCUUUUUAAGCAUAGCAGGAUUUCCGAAUGUAGUUGGUGCGAUAGGCUGUGCCCACGUGGCCUUGUCUCCUCCUGCCGAAAUAGAACAAAUAUACCGCAACAGAAUGCAUUACCAUUCCAUCAACGUACAGGUCGUGUGUGAUUCAAAUAUGAACAUUUUAGACGUGGUCUCCCAGUUUCCAGGAUCCACACGCAAUUCAUACAUUUUGAGACAGUCCGGGAUACACGAAAGGUUUGAAAGUGGAGACUUUAACGGAGGGUGGCUGUUAGGUGAGAGCUCCUAUGGUGUGAAAUCUUGGCUUUUGACUCCUGUAUGCAACCCAGCGACAAACGCAGAAGCAGAAUACAACUCGGCUCAUCGAGCCACUCAUUGCGUUGUGGAACAUACAUUCGGUGUAUUAAAAAGCCGCUUCCGAUGUUUGGACCAUUCUGGUGGAGCCUUCCUAUACAGUCCUGAGAAAGUGUGCAAAAUUAUUGUGGUGUGCUGCAUACUUCACAAUAUUGCUAUCAUGAAAAAUAACACUAUAGACGUUGCUCAGGACCUCAGACCUAAUGAUCAAAACGAAGACCAAAUGGAAGACGGCAACACAAUAGAAGGGAAAGCGCAGAGAGAGCGGGUUAUAAAAGAGUUUUUUACAGCUUGAACUUGAAUUGUUGAAACAACCCCAACAAUCAGCAAUACUAGUCUUCGACUCCGUGCCUGGAUGUUUGAUGCCAUUGUUUUUAGUUUGCAUGAUCAUAGGCAGUAGUUUUAGGCUGAAGUGACCAAAAAGUUUUAACUAUUUUACAAAAAUUUCCAUUCAUCCCGUACUAUUGGGAUGAUGGGAAUUUCAUGUCCAAGAACUUCCUGGGGGUGGGGGAUCUUUAAAGUCUGUAAGAAAGUAUAAAUUAUAUAAAACAUAGACUUUGUUUUGCAUGGUCUGCUUUCCCAUUUUUUUUUAUUAUAUUUUUUCAGUCUGCUUUUCUUUUUGUUCUGAACCGUUACUGUAAGCCUUUUUAGACAUAUUAUUUUAAUGUACUUUUAAGAUAUACCCUAAAUAAACUUUUUUUUUCU